UCUAACACGAAGGAGAGUGAGAGUGUGUGUAAAGCAUUCCAUAGCCCAGUUUUAUUUUGUAUUAAUUUGUUUCUUAGAGAACUGUAAACUGUUUGUGUAUCGUAAGAAAUCUUUGUUCAGUAAGAUGGAUUCAACCACAAGUGGGCAACGAAAGCUCAUUCCGCGCGGAGCGAUGCCAACCGCUCUGUUACAACAGAAAAUGUUAUCCAUUCCUCGAGCUGAUGGAAAGUCCGUUAGCGCCAGCUUUCAGUGUGACUCUGGAUUUGGUGACGACGAAGAAUUGCGCUCUCGAAGCAUAGAAAGAAACAAUGAAGUAACCAGCUUGCAUAGCGUAGAAGAAAGGACCGAAAAUUUGUCGAUCGAGGACCCUGAAACGGAUACACGACACCCUUCCUCGGAAUCACAAGAUUCGUCGCUUUUGAAAAACGAAGAACUUUAUCUAAACUAUGCUCACACUAACGACGUGAGAUAUCUAUUAGCUCAGGACCACGUUAGAAAGCAGUUAUAUCUUCAAGACGACGAUGGUGAUACAGCUCUUCAUUUGUCGAUUAUUAACAUGAAACCAAUGGAAACAGAUGCGAUAAUCUCAGUUGCACCGUGUAGAGAAUGCCUCGACAUUCCCAAUGAUCUAAAACAGACGCCUCUUCACUUAGCGACAAUCACCCGACAGCCCGCCGCAAUCCGCAGACUUCUGGAAGCCGGAGCUUGGCUAAAUAUUCCCGAUCGCCAUGGGAGAACAGCUUUACACUUAGCUUGCGAACAAGGAGAUAUUGACUGCGUAAAGGAGAUCGUAAGACCCCUGCACGAUAAACGAUGGGGUGACGAGACCAACGAGAAAGUAUAUAACAUGCUUCACGAGCGAGACUUUGAUGGAUAUACUGCUUUACACAAGGCUGUGUUUUCAAGCAAUGUUCAAAUUGCUUCUUAUCUGGUGUCUCUUGGGGCUAAUGUUAACGUUCAGGAUGGUAAGAGUGGACGCUCCCCACUUCAUCAUGCAGUCGAGGCAGGUAAUCUGUCCAUGAUCAACUGCCUUCUGUACCAGUGCCAUGCAGACCCAGAUGCUAUGACAUUUGGUGAAGUGACACCUCUUCAUAUUGCGGCAGGGCGGGGUAUGGAAUCUGUGGUAGCUUUGUUAUUGGCUGCUGGUUCUGAUCCAAGCCUAACAAACUAUGAGGGUGAAUCACCGCUUAAUGUUGCUGCCUCUAAACAGGUGAUUACUAAUGGAGCCCUUAUGUUGAAAUCUCUCAGAUUCAUGACAUGGUAAAGUUUACCUCCUAAACCUCAAAGAUAUCAUGAGGGAGCAAGAAUUGAAAGAGUGGAUUUCAACACCUACUAGAUAUUUAAAACAAAAAAGCUGUCAUCAGGGAAGACUGUUUAACUUUCAAGCGCGCUUGCAGAAUUGACGUGAUCACACUUUGAAUUUAUCAAUAGUGAUUCAAACCUAGGAUAUUUCCAGAGUUUUGAGACUAAUCCCCAUUAGCAAUUUGCUGACAUUUUGCUCUAUGAAAUUUGUGCACACCAUGUUGCUAAGUAUUAUUGAAAAAAAAAAGUUUUUUUUAGCCACAUACUUGUCCCAUAAAAUUACAGAUUUUGCUAUGUAUAUAGACAAAGUAAGAACUUAACUUAGAACGGACUCUCGUGUUAGACUUGGUUAAACUGAAAGAUUUCUUUUGUGAGAACAUAUGCAAAAAUAUCUCAGAUCAAAUAAAAUCUACUUGCAAAAUAAUGCAUCUCCAGUAUUUA